AUGAAGCUACAGCAAAAGCAGAAAUCUAAGCAUUGGUGUGCAUGCCUGACUGCAUUCUUCAGGAAGUGCUGCUGUUAUUCUAAAGUAAACAUUGGCAUUUCAAAUUCUAACGUUACAUUAAACAUUAAAGCUAAAAUAACUCAGAGAGACUCAAGACUUAAAGCUUUGGAUUCAGUUGAUAUAAAUGAAGAAGGAAAUGAUCAUUUAAAUAACACAGCUAAAUAGCUCAUUGAAAAAUCCCUUCAGAGCCAAAACCAUAUCAAACUAUUACUUCCUCCACCAUCAAGAUAUUUAGUGACAGGUGAGGAUGAAAAUGAAUUUGCAAGAAAUCUUUAUGGAAAAAAUGCUUUUGGUUUUGCUCUCGCACAAGAUUUCAAGUUACCAGAGAUAAAAUUAGAUAAUAAUAAAGGCAAAUUUGAGCAUGAAGAGUAUGAAGAGGAAAUUCGAACAACUGAGAUGAAUAGAAAAAGAAACAUGAAAAAAAGAAAACCAAAAGCUAAAAAGACAAGAGCUACUCGAAUUGACAAUCAUAAAUUGAGGGAGCCACAGAUUUGA